AUGCAUGAGCACAAAACCAACAGCAAGAAACAUUUUAACUUUGAAGGUCAUUCGGGGAGAGCAUCUGCAAACGGCCGAAGCUUCCUCCUCCCUCCAGUUCCACCCGUGACACAAAACGAAUCGUUCCACGAGCAACCUUUCGAGUGUGACAUCAACAAAAAGUGUAAUCCUCCGACACUCGCCUGCCUGUGCACUCACAGGAUCACAAUCCCCUACCAGAAAACUGUCCAACUCGUGUUUUCAUCACUUGGUGGUAUCAACGCCGUCCACCUCAUACAUUUGCACGGGCACACGUUUCACGUCGCAAAGAUUGGAUACCCAGAGUACGACCCUGCCACCGGGUUCAUUAAGAGAGAUAGUAAUGGUGUGCCAGUACACAAUUCGGACAUUACCUGCGACGACAAGAUAAUGUGCAGUCUACCAGGUUCAGAGUGCGAUCCGUUAAAGUGUACAAAGCCACGGUGGACGAACCCAACCCAUCCCCCCAUCACUACUGUUCACGACCGCACCGUUCGCAAAGACACCGUCAUGGUCCCGGCCGGUGGGUACGUCGCAAUCAAUUUCAAGUCCGACAACCCUGGACAGUGGUUCCUUCACUGCCAUAUCGAGGACCACCAACUCCAGGGAAUGGCACUCAUUGUCGACGAAGCUCCGGAAGAACAGAAAAAGUUUAUGAUUCCAGAUGAAAUGAACAAAUGCGGAGAUUUCACGUUGACAAUGGAGGAAUAUGAACAUCUGCGAAGUAUGCCUGGCCUCUAUGCUGCACACCAUGAUCCUUAUCCUCCACGUUAUGAUCCUUAUCAACCUUUCAGUGGAUAA